CGGGGAGCGACGCCGGGGUGCGUGCGUGCGGCGGGCGGCCGCGGAGCGGAGCGGGGCAGGAUGCUGAACGUCCCGGCGCCGGCCUUCCCCGCCUCCGGCUCCCAGCAGCGGGCGGCCGCUGGGGGGCGCAGCAAGGUCCCUUUAAAACCAGGCAGAAGUCUUAUGGAUUGGAUUCGACUAACUAAAAGUGGAAAAGACUUAACUGGAUUGAAAGGACGAUUAAUUGAAGUGACUGAAGAAGAGCUUGCUAAACACAGUAAAAAAGAUGAUUGCUGGAUAUGUAUAAGAGGGCUUGUGUAUAAUGUCACUCCAUAUAUGGAGUAUCACCCUGGUGGUGACGAUGAGCUAAUGCGAGCAGCAGGAGCAGAUGGCACAGAUCUCUUUGAUCAGGUUCAUCGUUGGGUCAAUUAUGAAUCCAUGUUGAAGGAAUGCCUUGUUGGAAGAAUGGCACUCAAACCUCUUGCUGCUACUACAGAGACUUGCUGCGCUUUACCUGAAGAGAAGAAACUCUUAAAUGGCAUGCUUCCUAAAAAUAAAGUAUUGGAUACUUCUUCCAAAGAUUUAACUCCAAGUUAUGAUUGGUUCCAAACCGAUUAUUUGGUCACUGUUGUCAUAUAUACUAAACAAAAGGGCAUGAAUUCAGAAAUGGUGAUCGUUGACCAUCAAGAUGGUAGUCUGAGAGUAGACAGCAUUCUGAGGGAUUAUUCAUAUCUCUUGCAUAUUGAGCUGAGUUAUGCAGUUCAAGAGGACAUUACUGUACACAUUGCUGAAAAAGUGGGAAAGGUGGAGAUUGUCCUGAAGAAAAAAGAUAAUAUUCCUUGGAGUAAACUGGGACAGCCACUCAACAGUCAUAAUUCAUUUAUCAAGUGCACAGACAGAGCAUUGCUGGUGUGUUCCAGUGCAAGAGACCAUAUUGCUUCAAAUGUUUCCAUACUAUCAUAUAACUUGAAUGAGAGAUCCUGUUUUUGGAUGCAAGGUUACUCAGGGCUGUACUACAGAAAGUGCAAACUGAUUUCUAAAACAGAAGUCACCCAUGACACCAAACUUUUCUGCUUAAUGCUGCCCCAGAGUACUCAUCUCCAGGUUCCUGUUGGGCAUCACGUUUACCUCAAACAAAUUAUUGCAGGUACUGAGAUAGUGAAGCCAUAUACACCUGUAUCUUGUUCUUUGAAAUCUGAUUUCAAAGAACCAUCUCACCAUGAUAGUACACACCUAAUUUUAAUGAUCAAAAUUUAUCCCAGUGGACUUUUCACAUCAGAACUUGACCAUCUGCAAAUUGGAGACUAUAUUUCCGUGAGCAAUUCUGAAGGUAGCUUCAAGAAGUCGCAAGUUCAAACUUUAGAAGAUCUCUUUUUAUUGGCAGCAGGCACAGGCUUCACACCAAUGGUUAAACUACUGAACUAUGUUCUGACUAAUGUUUGUAGUCUGAGGACAGUGAAGUUGAUGUUCUUCAACAAAACAGAAGAUGACAUACUUUGGAGAAACCAGCUGGAGCAGUUAGCCCUGAAAGAUAAAAGGUUUGAGGUUCAAUUUAUUCUCUCAGAGCCAAAAAAAGAAGGGACUGGCAAACAGGGAAAAAUUUCUUCAUCUCUCCUUUCUGAGUUUGUGAAAAGAAGCAAAAAAGACUCCAAAGUACUUAUUUGUGUCUGCGGUCCAGUACCUUUCACAGAGCAAGGAAUACAGUUUCUGCAGGAUCUUGGAUAUUCCAAAGAAGAGGUCCAUAGUUUUACUGCAUAAAACAAUAUGAGGAUAUGACUGUUUAAUUCAUCAAUCUUCUUUAUUUACAUUCAUAAAUAAGUUUAAAUUCUUAAAAAAAAAAAUAUUUUGUAUGCAUUAAAAUUUGACUCUUGGUAUCAAAAUAUUUCUUGAAUAGUAUAUGCAUUUGGGGUAAAGGAAUUUUAUACUGUUUUCUUGCUUUUGUAUUUUUGCUAAUACUUACAGUUUAGCUAGGAUAUUAAUUUAUUGCAGAGGCAAGUAAAUGUGAACAGUGCAUAUUAGAUAUUUAGUUUUGUUAGCCUAGAACUCUUUCCUCAUAGCUCUGAUUUAUUACCAUCCUAAGUGCUGAUUAUAUAGAUUUUUACUUGAAACACUUUUCUUUACUGUAAAAUGUCUUAGCAAUACUGUCUGAAUUUAUAUAUUGCACUGUUAACUCAGGUAAAUGAUCACCUACACUAUGUUUUUAUUGGUAUCAUGAAACUGUGUUUUACUUUUAAGUGAUCAAAACAUGUUCUUGUCCUUGUACAUAAUAUUGAUAAAUAAGGUGCUCAUAUGUAUGGCAAACUGUGAGUAAAGAUGCACUAAGUAAUAAAAAGGUAAAUAUUGGA